UCCAUCCGGUGCAUCUGAACUGCAUUUGUGCGUUUGUUUAGCAAGCGGUAUCUAGCUAAUUUCUACAUCUGUUUUAUCGAAAGUUUUUACAGAUAGUCAAGUUAUCUGGCUAAAUAACAUCAGAAAUGACUGAGGAUGUGCAGAAGCACUCCGUGCACACGCUCGUGUUCAGGUCCCUCAAGAGGACUCAUGAUAUGUUUGUAGCUGACCAUGCCAAACCAGUCUCCUUGGAUGAGACAAGUCACAAGGUGAAGAUGGCUGCGAAGCUAAGGGCAGACUACAGUGCCGUUCUACACAUGCCCGUUCUGAAAGAGGGCAAGGACAGACCACUAGGAUCCAACAUGCAUGGCAAUCAGACCUCUCUCCAACCUGGUGAUGAUCCAGAGUACUUGAUCACUGGGACCCACGCAUACCCCUCAGGACCUGGGGUGGCUCUGACGGCGGACACUCAGAUACAUAGGAACCCCAGUGAGGGGGGAGUUCACGCCAUGGCUCUUGCCCUGCCGCCAUCACAAGCCAGGCUGGACGCCAGUCGCACAGCAGCCAGCGUCGGGGACAUUCACAGACACGCAGUGGGAGCAGAGAGGUCUCACGCUCCUCACUCACACGCUAUGUCUCUUUUGGAAGGAGGCGGCACCAAAAACUCUUCCCUCAUUGCCAGAAAAGCCCCCACUAUGCCCAAGCCCCAGUGGCACGCGCCAUGGAAGUUGUUUCGGGUCAUCAGUGGUCAUCUUGGCUGGGUGAGGUCCAUUGCCGUAGAGCCCGGCAACCAGUGGUUUGUGACCGGCGCUGGCGACAGAACCAUUAAGAUCUGGGACCUGGCCAGUGGGAAGCUAAAGCUUUCCCUGACGGGACACAUCAGCACGGUGCGCGGCGUGGCCGUGAGCACCCGGAGUCCCUACCUGUUCUCCUGCGGUGAGGACAAGCAGGUCAAGUGCUGGGAUCUGGAGUACAACAAGGUGAUCAGGCACUACCACGGCCACCUCAGCGCCGUGUACGACUUGGACCUACACCCAACCAUCGACGUGCUGGUCACAUGCAGUCGAGAUGCCACGGCCAGGGUGUGGGAUAUCAGGAGCAAAGCCAACGUGCACACCCUGUCCGGACACACCAACACCGUGGCCACAGUCAGAUGCCAGGCCGCCGAACCUCAGAUCAUCACAGGGAGCCACGACUCCACCAUCAGGCUAUGGGACCUGAUAGCUGGGAAGACCAGAGCCACUCUCACCAACCACAAGAAGUCUGUCAGAGCACUGGCCCUACAUCCCAGACAGUAUACCUUAGCCUCUGGCUCUGCCGACAACAUCAAGCAGUGGACGUUCCCCGACGGCAACUUCAUCCAGAACCUCUCUGGACACAACGCCAUCAUCAACGCAAUGGCAGUCAACUCGGACGGCGUGCUGGUGUCGGGAGCGGACAAUGGCACCAUUCACCUGUGGGACUGGCGGACGGGCUACAACUUCCAGCGUAUCCACGCCGCCGUGCAGCCCGGCUCGCUGGACAGCGAAUCGGGGAUCUUCGCCUGCAUGUUCGACCACUCGGAGAGCAGGCUGAUUACGGCCGAGGCUGACAAGACCAUCAAGGUGUACAAAGAGGACGACACCGCGACCGAGGAAAGCCACCCAAUCAACUGGAAACCGGAGAUCCUCAAGAGGAAGAGAUUCUAGUUUUGGCCCAAAAAUAAAUACAUUCAUUAAUUUCUGUUGUCAAUUUUCCCAUCAAUAGAACCCCAUAAUUUUUGUAACAAGGAUAUUCACACAAAAACAUACUUUGAACAAGUUGGCUUUUAUUUUCACUUGAGUCUUUUUCGUUUUCAAUGUACUCAUUAUUCUAAGUACCAUUUUCCGUCUUCAGUGUACGAUGUUAGUCCAACGAAGCAGCCAUUAUGGACAGCCUUUAACCUUCCAGAAUGUUUGUUCUUGCUGAUGACCGCUCUCUCAUAGCUCUGGCGAUUCUCGUCCACCAUGAGAAGCCACUCCUCAGCUCCGUAAGGGCUCUCCUUAGUGUACACAGUCCCCACUCGAGGCAAAUCCGAUUAAUGUGUGGGAAAUUCAAGAUUUUCUCAUUAUAAACUGCAGUUUGAAAAGGUCAGGUUUUUAUUUUUUUGUAUUGAUCCAACAGAAUCACCGACUGUAUAUACAAGAGAAACGUAAUUUGUUGUGCAAUCUGGUGUAUGAAAUAAUUCACUGUAUGAUCAACAGAACCAUUAAAAAAAAAACAGCA